CGCCCUUUGAAUACAACCGCGGGAAAUAAUUCGUGUUUCCGUGUUAGUAAAGCUGGUUGUUUACGGCACAUUGAAAUAUGGGUAAGAAGAAGGCUAAAGUGACUGCCAAAACCCCAUCGUCGGAAACCUCCAUAAAGAUGAUUCAAUCAAUUUUGAGAAAACGACUUGCACAAAUGUCAAGCCCUCCAGAAAUACAAGGAUAUACAAAGGAGAGACAACAACUGUUUGACCUGCUGAAGAGGACGACAGUAUCUGGAGAGAGUAACUCUGUGCUGCUGAUCGGGCCGCGAGGAAGUGGCAAAACAAUGCUGCUGAAGAGUGUCCUGUCUGAGCUGAGGGAAGAUGAAAACAUUAAUCAGAACUUGUUGCAGGUGCAUCUCAAUGGCCUGCUUCAGACAGAUGACCGAAUUGCCCUGAAGGAGAUCACAAGGCAGCUGCAACUAGAGAACACAGUUGGAGACAGAGUAUUUGGUUCCUUUUCUGAAACUUUGCAGUUUCUUUUGGAUGCAUUAAAAAAGGGGAGCAGCCAGUCAUCCAAGCCGAUUCUGUUUGUGUUGGAUGAGUUCGACUUGUUUGCUCAUCAUCGGAACCAGACAUUGUUGUACAACCUGUUUGACGUGUCGCAGUCAGCACAGACGCCCAUCUGUGUGGUAGGAGUCACCUGCCGCCUGGAUGUUAUCGAGCUGCUGGAGAAGAGAGUCAAGUCCCGGUUCUCCCACCGCCAGAUCCAUCUGUUCAACACCCACGGCUUCUUCGACUACAGCCAGGUGUGCAUGUCCUACCUCAGCCUCACACCCGGGGAGCUGGACGAAACAGUCACUGAACCAUGGAACACACACAUACAGGAACUUGUAUCAGAACCGAGUGUAAGGGAUGUGUUACAGCGACAGUUCAACCUCAACAAAGAUGUCCGAGGCCUCAUUGCAUUGUUGACACACCCGAUAUGUAAACUGUCUCCGACUCACCCAGUUCUGGAGGCAGGGGAUUUCCUGGACUCAUUCAAAAAGCUCACAACAGACACUAAGUCUGCCAUGCUGCAUGGUGUUUCUAUCUUAGAGCUGUGUCUCAUCAUCUCAAUGAAACACCUGAUGGACAUCUACGAUGGAGAGCCCUUCAACUUUGAGAUGGUCUAUAGUGAGUACCUGAAGUUCGCACAGAGGAAGUCCAGUAUGCAGGUGUAUGAGAAGCCUGUUGUGUUGAAGGCAUUCGAACAUCUGAUUACGUUGGAGUUUAUUCGGGCGUUGGAUGGGUCGGGGUCACGGGUACAGAAGGAAUACAAGCUGAUGUCACUGCUCAUUCACCCCAGCCAGAUCGUGGAUGCUCUACAGAAGUACCCUAACUGUCCCACAGAGGUCAAGCAGUGGGCCGGCAACUCUGUGGUCUGAAAUACCCCAAUUGUCCUGAAGAGUUUGAGCAGUGGGCCGGCAACUCCUGUGGUCUGAAAUACCCCAAUUGUCCUGAAGAGUUUGAGCAGUGGGCCGGCAACUCCGUGGUCUGAAAUACCCCAAUUGUCCUGAAGAGUUUGAGCAGUGGGCCGGCAACUCUGUGGUCUGAAAUACCUAAUUGUCCAAUUGUCCUGAAGAGUUUGAGCAGUGGGCCGGCAACUCUGUGGUCUGAAAUACCCCAAUUGUCCUGAAGAGUUUGAGCAGUGGGCCGGCAACUCUGUGGUCUGAAAUACCCCAAUUGUCCUAAAGAGUUUGAGCACUGGGCCGGCAGCUCCAGGGUAUGAAGUACCCUAAUUGCCCAAAAAUGAUCAAAUCUUGUCUGAUGGGAAGAGGUAACAACUUCCUGUUGUGUCAUAUUGGGGUUGACAGAGUUGUGAUGACCUUGACUUGUUGGAGAUUGUUCUUGAAGAUAUAUGACAUAUGGAUGUAUGUUUUGCAAGAUGUGACAUUGUUGCUGAGGUUUGUUUGAGAUUGUUCUUGAUGAUAAAUGACAUAUGGAUGGACGUAGUGCAAGAUAAGUGACGUAAUCGCUGAGACUUGAUGGAGAUUACACUUGAAGAAGAAAGACGUUUUGGUGUGGACUGUGGGCACAGUAACAGUUGUGAGUGGACUUGGUGACUGUAUCCUAGGAAAAUGAAAUAGUCCUUUCAAGGAAAAUAUUGUUUUCACAUGGUACUUGUCCAGUGAACCGCAACAUAAUCAGGAACAAUGUUGCAAAGUUUACUGCAUGACAGUUUCUGAGCCAAAUUGGGCAGUCCCAUGUUUGCACAUUAUGUCUACUUGCGACUACUGUAUCGUCAUUAGCAGUCAACAUAUCAAUGACAAAAUAUUGAUAUGACCAUGACAGAAAGAAAUUCAUUGAUCUGUGUAAUUAUUUGGAUGUAUAUAAUAAAGAAUGAAACAUCUACUGAU